AUGAUUGCAGAGAACGAACCCGAGAUCCACCCAACUUCAGGCGCGACGCUACUCCCACGACCAGUGGCAUCGCUGAUAUCCCUAAUCACCCAGUCAACCUCCCUAUCGUUACGCCUUGGAACAUUCUUUGGUGGGGCUGCCAUAGAUGGCGCGCGAGCUACCACUCUCACCAGCCUCGAGCUAAGCCGGGCCCUGGUGGAGGGCAUCCUGACGAGAGCAGGACGCGACGUCGCGAUCCGUAGUGGAGAUGAACAUGGCAGAACCGAGGCUGAGUCUCUGCUUGAGCGGAGUUUGGCAACCCUGCAUUCAACCGUGACUUCGGCUUCGUUUUUCGCGGCCGCAACAUUCCACUUCUCCUCGACAACUUUGGCAUCCGUGGCCAAUCUCUCUCAGGCUCUCUUGUCUACGUUGGAUGCCAUUCUUGGAUCUACGGAAUCAUCCAGGGCUAUUGCUGCUAUUAUCACGCUUAUCAGGCGCGAGUUUAGAUCUGUGGAGCCUGGUGCCAGUGCUGAAAAGAUUGGUGUUGGCGAUCUACUAGUUGGGUCUUUGGGCUUUGCCUUACUACAGCGAUGGGGCAAGAAAAACACCGAAAGACAUCUGCGCCAGAAUGGCGGAGAUGAAAUUGUUUGGGAUGUUGUCAUCCUGGACAACGGUGCCCGAGCAGAUGUGAUCGGGUCCCAUGAACUACAAUUCGCCGACCCCAAGAAUGAAGAGCUAGUACGGCCGGGCAACGCUUCAUUCGUGGUGCCAGAGAACGGCGAUGAAGCAUUUGAUGCAGUCAGGCGGUCCAGCAUGACUGAAGCUUUGAACGGAUCUCGUCUCUCUAUUCCUCUGGAUGGUCAGCAGCAGGUAUCUGAUGAAGACAUCCGCGCUUAUAUCAUGAGCCAGCUUCCUCAGGGUUGCCAUGCAUCUAUCAAAUCGGAAAUUCUGACGGCACGAACCAUCACUGUCGAUAUCUACGAUGACGAUAAUGCAGAGAUUGCAGCACCACCUGGAACAAAAAUGGUGGAGGAAAGAUUUCAUCAUGAUGCUGAUUACGACAAUGUAACAGACGGCCAUCGACGCUGCCCAAAGCAUACAGUGGUAUUCAGGACGGCUUUUAACAAAUCCCAAAGCACUGAGCUACGACCUCAUGGCAGUCCUCCCGGUGCAACUGAGUCCGAUCAUCCAAAACGAUCGGCUGGAAAAGCAUUGCCUAGUCUUCCAUCAAGGUCACAUCAAGAUCGGUCGCGCUCGCAUCCUGACAUCACAAACGGGGGCUUUGAUCAUCAUGUGACAAGUCCUGUCUCGCCGAGCGAAGCUCCCAAGCCUGCAACAGGUCGAGGAUCAUUCAGCAAGUUUGCACAAAAGGUCAAGCCACCUGGUUUUGAGAGGAGCGACACCAAGCGUCCAGUGAAGAAGCCAUCCAUGAAAUCGCCCACAUCCUCCACACUUCCUGUUCCUCGUCUGCCUCCCAGACCGGUAAAGGGAGCCGCAGCUGUCAAGGAGGCGACGGCACGCGAAAUUUCUACCAGGCCCGAUCUCAAGAAGAGACAAACAGAGCCUAUGGACUAUCGACCCGCGACACCUGUCCCUAAUCGGGGCUUAAGGAGGUCACCGCUCCCUAGUUCUCCCCAAAAACAAUCACCCCAGCAAGAAAAUAUCUCUCCGUCACACAAUCCACACGUACAGAGAGGUCUACGAGGGCAUUUCGCAGUGCGUGAGAAAAGUCAGGAAUCUCUUCUCACUCAAACCGAUGCUUUUUUCUCGCGUCGGACUUCAGAUAUGCGGCCUGGUUCACCUGCCACGUCUCGAACUCAUGUUCGCAGUAGCAGCUCCAUGUCCGUGAGUAGGUCCGAGACUGACGGGAGGAUAUCUGCAAAUGACAACCGACCCGGUUCAUCAACUUUGCAUCACAGAAGUCACUCAUACACUCCCAGUCUAUACUCACUGGCGACUGCUGGGUCCGAGACAUCCCUCAUACUUGCCCAUCGGCCUCGUAAAAGUGCCUACGGGGAUACCGAAACCAUUCAGGCGCUUAACCGUGACGGCCUAGUCCCAGGAAUCUUCCCUGAAAGGCAUUUUGUCCAGAACAUCCGACGAUUUUGCCGUUUCUCAUCUGCCUCUUAUGGUUCCAAUGCCCUUAAUAUCAUGGGAAUACCAAGAGGCACAAAGACUCUACCAGCAGCCAGGUCAGACACCCACGAGCACAGCGCGUUCUCGGACCACGCCGGUCUUCCACCCUCAACAAUCCUCCUUUCUUCCUUCGUCGAUCCGGCUGGUGGUUCCAACGCAGCCGGCGAGACAGAAACAGGAUUUCCACUUGUCCACUACCUCUCCAUUGAUCAUGACUCCAAGGCCGUGGUCCUGACCCUCAGAGGAACAUGGGGGUUUGAGGACAUUCUAACAGACAUGACCUGCGACUACGACGACCUAGAAUGGCAAGGCAAGACCUGGAAAGUACACAAAGGCAUGCACGCCUCCGCCAAACGACUCCUCGAAGGCGGCGGUGCCCGAGUAAUGAUCACCCUUCGCGCAGCCCUCGAAGAGUUCUCAGACUACGGUGUCGUCCUCUGCGGCCACUCUCUCGGCGGCGGCGUCGCCGCCCUCCUAGCAACCAUGAUCUCCGAGCCAAACCCCUCCCCGGUUGGCACAUCCUUCGUAACAGCCUCGUACACACCCACCCCACGCAUCCCCCUCCUAACAGCAUCCCCAAACACUCCAUCCAACCUCCCCCCAACCUCCCCUUUACCAAUUCCAACCGGCCGCCCAAUCCACGUCUACGCCUACGGCCCACCAGCCGUAAUGUCCCCAUUCCUCCGCCUCGCCACGCGAGGCCUAAUAACAACAAUAGUCAACGGCCAAGACAUAGUCCCAAGCCUGUCCCUAGGAAUCCUACACGACAUGCACACUGCAGCAAGCAGCUUCAAGGACGAUUCGACAGGCGCGAAAUCCCAUAUCCGCCAACGUCUCCGCGAAUCCCUCCGGCAAAGCAUCAUCCACAAGUUCUACGUGAACCAGCCACCGCUCGUCGUCAAUGCGGGCGAUGGCGUCGGCGAGGAUGCUUGGGCGUGGAAGACGCUCAAGUUGUUGCGCGACGAGAUGCGCGCGCCGAAACUCAUGCCGCCGGGUGAAGUCUUUAUUGUUGAGACUAUGCGGGUCUUGCAACGGGAUGCGUUUACGGUGCCUGAUUUUGUGGGAGAUGGGUACCCGCGGCUUGGGAGGCCUGCUACGCGCGUUCAGAUUCGGUUCAUCAGGGAUGUUGAUGCUUGGUUUGGGGAGUUGAGGUUUGCUAGUGGCAUGUUGAGUGAUCAUAAUCCGGCGAGAUAUGAGACUAGUCUUGCUGCUUUGGCUAGGGGGGUUUUGGAUGAAUAG